AUGGCAAAAGAUGACAACAAAGAUGAAGACUUAAUACAAUCUCUUUGGAAACGGUUGGAAGACAGGUUCAAUCAGUUGGAAAAGAUGGACGACGAAGUAAUGAGUGAAUUAUGUGAAAGAGGUGUUGGGGAAGCAGAAAUGGACGAAGAGUACGAUCAAAUUCAAGAGUAUCGAGAUAAAUGGACGGAUCUGAAUAGGUCAGAAGGUUUGAUAAGACAGCAAGAAAAAGAUCAAGCUGAAUUGGCAUCUGUAACGUCGCAAGUCUCAACAUCGCUCAAAGACAAGUCCCGUUAUAAAUUACCAAAAUUAAAAUUGGUAGAAUUUAAUGGAAGUCCUCGAGAAUGGCUGACAUUCUGGAGUCAAUUCAAAGGAAUCAAUGAUAACGAAAGCAUGUCUUCAGAAGAGAAGUUCCAAUAUCUCAUUCAAGCAACUGUUGACGGAUCAGUUGCUCGCCGGGUAGUGAAAAGCUUUCCUCCAACGGGCGAAAACUACGAAAAAGCAAUUCAGCACCUCAAGUCACGUUUCGGUAAAGAAAACGUAUUAGUGGAAGUAUACGUUCGCGAUCUACUGAAACUAGUGUUGAAAAAUACAAACGGAAUGUCCGAUUCAUAUGUUAAUUGGAGCAAACAUCGGCAGUAA